AUGGGAGUUCGCGGAGUGCUCACUCUGUUGUUCUGCAUGUGCGGGACAGGGCUAAUUAGCGAAAGGGUUGACGGGGUGUUUGCAAGGGAGAAGGCGAAAUUGUUGAAGCUAGGCACGUCGGAAAGGGGGGCCGACUCUCCAUUACGUAUUAGAAGAGCGAAAGAAGGAUUCAUCAGAUGUACUGUUCGAUGGAAGAAGAGGAAGAAUUUGCACCACAGGGUGGACUUCACCCGGGAAAAUAACCCUACUAGCCAGAGGGAGAUGUCCCUUUUUUUUAGUGAAUACCCAGAGGGGGGUUCCUCAUCAUACCUGUGGGUCAGCAAUCAUUCGGAGAUGAUUCCGAGGUGGACCCAAAAGAGAAGUGAAAUGAGCAUCACGGGUAGAGUGUAUCGAAGUAGGGGUAUGGGUUUGACUCGAGAAAUGAGAGGACACAGAUGUAUAUUUUUCAGACUAGGAGCCAAAAUGCCAGUGAUCACAGUGGAUAGGAAGCUCUUCCCGAAGGAGUAUAGUACAGAUUAUGAGGAUAUCCUGCGCAAGUUCAACGUAACAUACAUCAAUUACAAAACGAGGUUGAGAAGUAAAAAAGAAAUAGACAUACGGGCCAUAGAUGAUUUGUAUGGACAAAUAUAUAAUCGCGAUGUCUUGAAGAAACAGUUUUACUUUUUCCUUUACCACGAUGACAUAAAUACAUGUCACCGAGUGUUAAAUGAAAACAGAAACGUUCUAACGAGGGAGGAGUCAUUUCAAAUGCUAAAUAGCUUUCCUUAUAUCUUUUUCAAUCACCUGAAUUAUGUUUACCCCACGGAGGAUAAUGUGGACUUCAUACUCUCCAAGCUUCUGAAAACCUAUAUAUUUCAAUAUUCCAAUGACAAGAACAUAGAUUUUUUGAAUUUUAAAUAUAAAUAUAAUGAGUUAGAUGAGUACUGUCAGGCAUUGGAACGGGAUUUCCUCGCCGCGCAACCCGUGGGGGAAGAAAACAACAUGGCAGAUGAUAGUAGCGAUGUUAGGCAGGAGGAAGGAAUCUAUGAUGACGGGCGAGACACGAAUUAUGAGCGGAAAUACAGACACAUGUCAUACGACUACAAAAUUAUUGAGUCGACCACCAAGUACAAGGACCUGAUACAGAGAUUUGAUAAAUACCCAAUGAACAUAAAAUUGCAAAAGGUACAAAUGCUAUACACGAAAAUAAUUAGCAUGAAGGCAAACAAACUAUUCGAGGCAUUUAGAAAACACGAAAGCGUGAAGAGGAACGAAGAGAGGAAAAUUUACAGGAAUGCAAAAAUGACAUUAGAUCCAGAGAAACUUACCCCUUGUCUAAAUGAACCAAUAAAAUAUGACCCCAAGGAAAAAAAAAGAGUGAACGAACUGUUUCACAAGUAUGUAAAGGAGAAGGAUCUUACGAAAGCUGCUCUCAUCAUAAGGAAGCACACGAACCUUAUUGACACCAAGGAGAAGAAGAGCCAAGAAAUAAUGAAAGAGUUUCUACGCCUACAUGAAUACAUAUAUAAAUGCAAGAAAUACAGUGAAAAGGAAUUGGCACACUUAAGAAUGAUUUAUUAUUCCACUGUACAGAAGCCCAGGGUCAUCCGCAAAAUAUGUGAAGUAGGCAUGUGGGAACAGGGAGAAAACGCUACUCAUAAGGAAGUGUACGAAAAGCAACUAAAUGAGUAUUUACGAAAGAGGGAGGCUCAACGUGAUGAAAUAAUGAAGAAGAAAAAUAUCGAUAUGGAAGAAAUACGAGACUUCAGUUCGGCGUAUCCUAUGGAAUGGUUGCCAGUCCUGUACAAAGAUAUGUUUGAACAAAUCGAACGGGAAAAAAAUUUAAAAGGUUCCGAACGGAAAGGUGUCCUUAGCAAGAAGAGUGACUCCAUCAAGAGAUUGUUCUCCCCCGGGGGGGGCGAUAAGGCUUCUCACGAUACCUCUCCUGGAAUGUCACCACAGGAAAGGUCGAGAAGCAAAGACUCCGCUCACGACCUUCUGAAUGUAAAGAACGAACUCAAAUUUGGCCGCAAUGUCCUAAAUUACAAGAAGAAGAUUUUAGGAAAGAACAGGCGCAAGAGGGAGGAGGCCUCAAAAGGUGGCGAACCCGGAGGAGGGAAGUCGUCUGCCAAGGGGAGCAAGGAUUCCACCGAGGAGGAUUCCUAA